UGACUGUACUGCCCAUUUGGACCUAUUUGAUUGCAGACAGAUACUAUAUUUCUGUAUAAAGACUAACAGCCCCAGGUACAGGGGCAAGUAACGCACUUGGGCGCCCCGCCCCCCAAACAGAGGAUAAAGGUCCGGUGCGGCUGUGGGAUACAGUCAGUCCAUAUAAUAACUAUGAGCUGAUUGGCUGACAGUCAUACACUCCCCUCCCCGUAUCCCUGCGCAGCGCAUAAUAGCUGCAGUUACCGCUCCGUCACUUCCUCUCUCUGCUCACAAGGUGGCGCUGAUCAGCCGUAAGCCUACAAGCUCCCAGCGCUCAGCCCGGCUCUCUAGUGCAGCGCACCCUCCCGUCCCUAGGGGGCAGUCGUUAAGAGCGAUGGCGCCUCAAAACCUUGUGGGACUCGCUGCGGCCUUCAUUGCCCCCUCAGUAACAGCGGCGCUGUGUGUGCGCGUCCCCUAUCGGCGCAAAGUGGUAAUGCGGGAGCUGAGCGCUGCUUAUUGCCCAGUGGGGGUUCCUGGAUGGAGGAGGAAGAGGAGGGCUGGUGCUGCGAGGAGGAAGGCUGUGGCUGCUGCCAGGAGGAUUUCUGUUUUACUUUGCAGGGCCCCUGACGGCGGGCAGAGGACUAACGAGCCAGUGUGUGCCAGCGCCUUGGUGCCCCCAGGAUUUACCCUCAACUGCGCAGAUUAUUUCUACAGUGACCCGUUAAUGAGCCCCGGGCACCGCACCUACAACUGCCUGUCUCCUGGGACCCAGGAAAUAUUCAGCUGUUUCUCCCUAAACACCCCUGCUCCUAUCAUGGCUCCCUGUGAGUACCUGGCCGCCCCCAAAGCGAGUCCUUCAGCUCCACCCCUUGCGCUGGCUGGCUCCUCCCACACAGACACAAGAUGCCUGAGUCCUCAGUACAAGAUGAAGGAGGUGGAAAACCAAGUGCCUGAAUCCCCCUUCCCCCCGGGGGGCGCCGUUUCUACUUUCCCCAAGUGCUCCCCCAGUGAGGCGGACGCUGUCUGUGCCUUAUUAUCCCUUUCAGGGGCCUGCCCCCCACGUUCUGGGCAGUAAUGGGGCCCCAAAGACUGAGGAUUAUGCCCCCCCCCCCGUGGGGCUGUUAAAGUUUAUUUUUAUAUUUUUAUUGCUCUGAAGUUUCCCUUUGUGUCAGUUGGAACAGUUUUUGUUUUUUACUUUCUAUUAAAGCCAAUGAGAAUGCAGUUUGGCCCCGGAGCCUUAAUGCUUCCCCCUUGGGGCCCCAGGAACAUGGCAUAAUGGCUUAGCUUUGCCUUUAAAGCUGUUUGCCCCUCCCAGGGCUCAUGUUUAGCACAACCACAUAUCUAUCUCCAGAUACAGAGAACAGCCUUCCAGCAGGGGUGGUAGGUCUCAUACACACUAAGUGAUAUCAUGUAGAUUUACGGGUUACGCCGCAGACAUGAGUAUUUUUAA